AUGGCAGUAACGAAUUUGCUAGAUCAAUCAGAAAGGCAUUCUGAAUCAAGCAUUCAUGAAAUAUCCAAAACCAAAAUAAUAUUUAUUGUAGUAUUAUUUCUAAUAUCAUUAACAUCAUUUGUGUUACAAACUGAAUUCACAUCACAAGCAUAUAAAUUGAAAUUUAGUGAACCCAUUUUAUUAUUAGCAGUUACUCAUGGAUCUUGGUGGUUAUUAUGGCCAAUACAAAUAAUAUCAAUAAGUUUAUGGAGAACAAUAAAUAAAAAGAUCAAAGAUGAAAAAAUUUCAAAAAAGAUUAAUGGAGGUGAUAUUGCAUCUGGCAUACAAUAUCAAAGACUAAAUUCAUCAACUGGAUUAUUAGACGAUCAAGAACAUCAAAAUCAACAAGAAGUUCCAAUACAAAAAAUCAACGUGUAUAUGUAUUUUAAAAAGGCAAUUAUAAAACAAUUUCAUAAUGUUUAUCAUACAUCAAUAUUAAUUUAUGAAGCAAAUGUAAAUAAUGAUAAAACCACGAAGCAUUUAAAUCAACUAAUAGACUCAAAUGUGCAUAUAUCAAAUACAAAUUCAAUAUCUGAUGUCAUUUAUACUUUCUUCAAAACUCCAGCAAUAAAAUAUAUUGCACUUAAAACAUUUUUGAUCACUUGUGUAUUGACAAUAGCAGGUUUUACAUGGUAUGGAGCGAUGUCAAUGACCUAUGCAGCCGAUGUUACUGCUAUAUAUAAUUGCUCAGCUUUUACUGCUUACGCAUUUGCAAUACCAUUAUUAAAUGAAAAAUUCUCAUGGUUAAAAGUCAACUCAGUCAUAAUUGCAAUUAUUGGAGUAUUCAUAGUAAGUUAUUCAUCAAGUUCAGACAUAAAUAGUGGUGGAGACGACACUGAUUCAGAAAAUCCAUAUCCUUACAGAUUUUGGGGGAACAUUAUAAUUUUCUUUGGUGCAAUACUAUACGGUUAUUAUGAAGUAUUGUACAAAAAAUAUCUUUGUAUACCAGCACACUUAUCUAAAAUCAUAACACCAAGAAGACAACUGACUUUUGCAAAUUUUGUAAUGGGAUUAAUUGGAUCAUAUACUUUGAUUAUAUUGGUGACUUUAAUUAUCUUCUUGCAAGUUUUUCAUAUUCACAAAUUCAAUUUUUUCAAUUAUGGAGAUAACACCAAAACUAUUUGGCUCUAUAUAUCAGGUUCAAUUAUAAGUAACUUAUUAUUUAGUGCAUCAUUCUUAUCAUUAAUGGCAUUGACUUCACCAGUUUUAUCAUCAGUAAGUUCAUUAUUAACUAUAUUCGUUAUUGGUAUUGUUGAAUGGGUUGUGUUCGGUAAUGCCUUAGAUUUGCAACAAUUGAUUGGUGAUUGUUUUGUUAUUAUUGGGUUUGUCUUGUUGACAAUUGCAUCAUGGAAAGAAAUUAGUGAAGGUAAUGAAGAUGAUGACGUUGAAGCUGUAAGUACAUAUUCUUUUGCAAUGAGUACUGACAAUGGUAAUCAUUAA